AACGAGCUGCGAGGCGCAUGUGUUCGCUGCCCUCGCUAAGCCGGCAGCCCCACUCGCAACCACUUGGCCGUGCCGGCAUGGCUGCUUCUUGCUGCCCCAGAUGCCAUGGCUGCUGCUUGCUCCUCCUCCUGCUUGCUGUUGCAGCAUCCGGAGCUGGGGCUGCUGCUCUUGGUGCAGGGAGCAGCUCCCGUGUGCAGCUGAAUGUGGAGUCCCUGUUCCCAGCUCAUGGCCCGUCUUGCCCCACAUCACAAGAGCACAAACACGGCGCUGCGACGGGCACGAGGAUGCCGGUCGUCCACCAGCACGGCCCGUGCUCGCCGCUGGCCAACGCGGACGGGAAGGCGCCGUCCCACGAGGAGAUCCUCGCCGCGGACCAGCGCCGCGUUGAGUCCAUCCGCCGCCGUGUGUACGAGACCACCGGCGGGGGGCGGGGGAGACCGAAGCGCGCCGCGCCAUCGGUAGUCCAGCUCGAGCCCGGGCCGCCGUCGACUGCUUCGCCGGCGUCGCUGUCGUCCUCCGCCGCGUCGGCGGACCUGCCGGCGUCGUCCGGGCUCGCGCUCGGCACGGGCAACUACGUGGUGACCAUCGGGCUCGGCACGCCGGCGGGGCGGUUCACGGUGGUGUUCGACACAGGGAGCGACACGACGUGGGUGCAGUGCCGGCCGUGCGUGGUCUCCUGCUACCGGCAGAAGGAGCCGCUGUUCACCCCGGCCAAGUCGUCCACCUACGCCAACAUCUCCUGCGCCUCCUCUUACUGCUCCGACCUCUACACCAGCGGCUGCAACGCCGGCAACUGCCUCUACGCCGUCCAGUACGGCGACGGCUCUUACACCGUCGGCUUCUACGCGCAGGACACCCUCACGCUUGCCUACGACGUCGUCAAGGAGUUCCGGUUCGGGUGCGGGGAGAGGAACCGGGGGCUGUUCGGGCGCACGGCGGGACUGAUGGGCCUCGGCCGCGGCAAGACGUCGCUGACGGUGCAGGCGUACGACAAGUACAGCGGCGUGUUCGCGUACUGCCUCCCGGCGACGCCGUCCGGGACGGGGUUCCUGGACUUCGGCCCGGGCGCGCCGGCGGCGAACGCGCGGCUCACGCCGAUUCUGACCGACAACGGGCCGACGUUCUACUACGUGGGGAUGACGGGGCUCAAGGUGGGCGGGCACCUGCUGUCCAUCCCGGAGUCCGUCUUCUACACGGCCGGCACGCUCGUGGACUCCGGCACGGUGAUCACGCGGCUGCCCCCCUCGGCGUACGCGCCGCUGCGGUCGGCGUUUUCCAGGGCCAUGAAGGGGCUCGGGUACAAGAAGGCCGCCGCGUUCUCGAUCCUGGACACCUGCUACGACCUCACGGGGGUCCAGGGCAGCGUGGCGCUCCCCGCGGUGUCGAUGGUGUUCCAGGGCGGCGCGUGCCUGGACGUGGACGCGACGGGGAUCCUGUACGUGGUGGACGUGUCGCAGGCGUGCCUGGCGUUCGCGCCCAACGACAAGGAUACGGACGUGGCCAUCGUCGGGAACACGCAACAGAAGACGUACUCCGUGCUGUACGACCUCGGCAAGAAGGUCGUCGGCUUCGCCCCCGGAGCUUGCUGAUCCAGUGGCUCGCCUCGCGGCUGGUCGUGUAAUACGUACGUGAUUCUUGGAUGACAACUAUUUCGAUCACCUGCAUCCACCAAGUGGUCAGUGAUCAGUGUUACGGAUUGAAUAUCAUAAUGCCCAUGUGACUGUAAGAUGGUACACCUUGAUCAACACAAGUAAACAACACAUAACUUCUUACA